UUUGCCUAUUCUGUUAGUUUAACUACGCAGCUGUCCGCUAUUAUGCUUUUUUUUAUUAGCGUCACUAUUUUGCUAUCUGAUUUUACACAGCAACGAAAGUAUAGUUUGUUUUACUGUCAGCAUGGCUAAUGAGCCGAAUGAGUGAACAAAGUGGAACAGCGCUUCUAAUACGUGUUAUCAUCUGGUACCUCCAGUGUAACUGGAGUCAAUUAACGUGCCUGGGUUUUUUCAGUAUGACUGUGUUUUGUGUUAUUGGCGUGAAUGCCUCUUCAAUACAAACACUCACAAGCCGUGUGAAGAGGGAAGUGCAUUCGGCUCUUAAUUAGUGAGAUUAAAAGAAAACACACUGAGCUGAUUUUAAAUCCCUCACGGCUACGGGUCUGACACUGUAAUCCUUUUCAUAUUUAAAAAGGCUUUGUGUUCCUGCACGCCAGGGUAGCUUUUUCAAGCGUCGUUACAGCAAACUUUAACACUGCUUCUGGAGAGGAAUAUUUCCUUUUUAGAAAUGAAAAGUUAUUACACUACAAAACGGGGAUGGAAAUAAGACUCCCAUCACAUAGCACUUACUAGGCGUUUAAUAAGACACAGCUGAGCUUGCUACCUACACACUGUGGCUAAUCAAGCUCGUAGUAAAACCUGGAAUGGGUGAAACUGCUAUGCAACAGUAGUCUUAUUUCCAUCCCUGCAAAAUGAUACAGGAGACAGUGAUAAUGUUACUGGAGCUAAUUAGGGUAGCUAUAACUAAUACCUUUUAGUAAAUUGGCAACUAAACCUUCUCUUGUGAGUCCUGUUAGCUCCACCAGUGUUCUUUGACAAUGAUUGACAAUGAUUGACAAUGCGUUGCCAAUGACAAGUGACCUAAGUGCUGAGUAACUAGGGGCACUGUAGGUUACACAAACAGACAGCUGCCCAUCGCUCUGUCCACUCCUCAUUCGAGAUAGAUAAAUAUACAUCUGCCUUCUGAUUGCGCUGUGUGGACACACAGCAGCCAGCCUGAAAAACAGCGACAGGCCUUUUAAACGUUGCUUAGGCUGCUGUGCUCUGCAUAACGUAGAAUAACCACAGCAAUGACUCCAUGUUACAUAAUAAUAGAAUGAUAUAUUCCAUGGAUACUAUAAUCAUAUAUUCCAUGGGUGUGUUUUAUUUGGGAGCAGGGCUCACCCUGAAUGCAGUCCGAGUGUCUCAGUGUGUGUGUGCGUUCGUGUGUGUGUGUGUUUUAUUUCGGAGCAGGGCUCACCCUGUGAUGGAUGUGUGGACAGUGCCUGAAAAGCGGCAGAAAGGCUGGUACUUGGACCUUAUGGCACCGAAUGUGAAGGGACCUAAAUACGCCUGGCUCGAUCCCUCCAGACUGUACUGUAACAAACAGGGUUUGCAAGACUGCAUUGAAGACCUGCUUGAACCGUUCCAAGGAGAAACCAUCGACCUGGUGGCUGGGAUUGAUGCCAUGGGAUUCAUUCUAGGGUCUGCCAUUGCCACCUCUCUUGGUAAAGGGUUCCUCGCUAUUCGGAAGUCAGGGCACCUGUGCGUGAAGACUCACUCCCAGGACUACACUGACUACUCGGGCAGGGAGAAGGCCAUGGAGGUCCGCACUGACGUCUUAAAAGCAGGGGUACGUGUCCUGAUCGUGGACCAAUGGGUAGAGACAGGAGGGACAAUGAAGGCAGCGAUCAAACUGGUGGAGCAGCAAGGUGCAGUGGUAGUAGGUGUUGCUGCUGUCUGCAUUGAGAACAGCGAGGGAGGGCACUGGAUCAGGGAGAGAUACAAACACUCCCACUGCGUGCCUUCUCACUUGCAGCCCCAGUUCGACCAGCAGAGCCUGCACUUUCAAAGCCUUCCAGAGCAUCGAGAGCCUCUGAACGCUGCCGGGGAGAAGCAUCGAGGCAGAUCCACGGGGAAGUGAUGGAUCAGUCUUUAUUACACACAGAGAGAGAGAGACAGUGGCUUGUGCUUUACUGGAGGUGUCUCUGCUCCCCACGGGGGAAAGCCGAUGCAAUAAUAGGUCAGAUUCACAAACUUAAUCAAUUUAAAAAAAAAUGAAUGACUGUUCUAAUCAGCAGUAAUGUUG